AGAAAGACUCUAAAUGUUUAAAGAUGAAGAACAGACUUGUAUUACGUGCCCAUCAACUUGGCAAAAAUCGAGGAGUUCAAAGUCAAGAGUAACACAAACUAGUGCACUUCUCACCAAUGAUGCCUCUGCUCAGUCUUAUGAUGUCUGUUCAACUGAAGUUCAGACAGACACAGUUCAGUCUAAGAAAGGGAAAGACCAUAAUAUGGAUGAUAUCGCUAAAUUUCUAAAGAGUGUGGAGGCGACCGUUAUCAAGAACUUGGAAGAAAAUCUUAACUCCACAGCAUUUAAAGGGCUGGAGAACGUGUUAGGAAUGCACAACUCAUCAGUAAACAACACUCUCACUUUAAACCAUUCCCCACUAGAGUUUCAAAUGUCAGUACAGGAUUUGUCUUGGAACGCCAGUGGUUCUGUGAUUGGUGUUGCAUAUGGCAAACAUGAUCACGAAGACUGGUGUACUCACAAGGGCAUGUUCUGCACCUGGAAUGUUGAUCGUGGAAGAAUUAAUGUCAACAAAGCAGACCAAGCGUUGGAUGUUGCCAGCUGUCUGAUGUGUGUCGAGUAUCAUCCUAUUUUACCAAACCUUUGCGCUGGAGGUGCGUUUAAUGGACAGAUAAUCAUUUGGGAUUUGUCAAGAACUGAAGAUAUAGAAGUUUGUGUGUCAAAGAAUGUUGAAGAUGGUCACCAUGAGCCGGUUACAAAGUUGUGUUGGCAGAUUUCAUCUAAAUCGAACAUGUUGUUGAGUCUUGGUAUGGACGGUAAGAUAUUGAGAUGGGAAGUAAAGUUGUCCCGUUACCAAGAUCCUGAACUGACUCUAGUUCAGGGAUUUGUUAUAACUGGGGCUUACAUUCCCCGUGACCACCCAACUGCACCUUCAUCUAGAACUGCUGAUAUCGGCGGUACUGCAAUGAGCUUCUCUCACGAGGACGAGAGCACGUUUGUGGUGGGCUCUGAGAGUGGACUUGUUCUCAAGUGCUCAACUCUGUCUACAGAACUACCACUUGACAAGGGAAUCAAGAUUCAGUUCCGAUCUCCCAUCACCCUGGUAUACAACUCUCACAAUGGACCAGUCUAUGAUGUGGAUUUCUCCCCAGUCCACAGGAACCUGUUCCUGACAGCCUCUACCGACGGAACUAUCAGACUCUACAACACUCUGCAACCUAAGCCAUUCCAGGUGCUGGAACCCGUCUCUGGCUAUGUGUUUGGAGUUCAGUGGUCGCCUGUACGUCCACUUGUGUUUGCAGCCAUCACCGCUAAUGGCUCACUCCUUAUCUACGAUCUGAAGAAAAGCAGAGUCGGCCCUGUCCUGCAAAUCCCCGUCAAUCAGACCAAGUCUCCAGUCUACUCGAUAGAGUUCAACUCUAAAAGUGAUACAUUAAGUACAGGGGACAGUAAAGGUACCGUAAAGGUAUGGAAACUGAGCCAGGGACUUUCAUCUCAAAUAAGAGGGGAGGUUAAAAUGUUGGAGCGUAUAGCUGCUUCCUCUUAUGAGUGACAUGUGGAAUUUUCAAUAUUUUCUAGGGUCAGACUAGGACAAAACGUGAAUCUGAUAAAAGAUGCAGGCAUCUUGUGGUAGUUAUGCAAAAAUUGUAAUCAUUAUUUAGCAUAUUUAUUAUUUAUGUAUAUAAUUGGUUCACCUGUUGAUAACUUUUCUUGAAUUCUU